UUCAGCUAGAGCUACCUGGGCAGAUGCAGUGACCUCAAGUAGCUGGUAGUGAGUGUCCAGAGUCCUGCUGGAGGGAUCAGAGAUCUUUAGUGAGAAGACAAGCAACUCAAAUCAUCACCUACUGGUUGUUAUCCAGGCCCCGUGUGCUGACUGGACACUGUCAGAGCACAGCUACAGGACUAUAAAGAGAGAAGUCAUUGAGUCCUCCUCUUGCUCAGGAUGAAACUCCUUCUGCUGGUUUCUCUGCUCACAGGUGCUACUGCACAGAGCAUCAGCCCUCAGGCUGUGUGGCAGUUCGGCAAUGUGUUCCAUUGCAACCUUCUCAGGACUGGUACAGUCUCAGAGUACAGAUUCUAUGGCUGCUACUGUGGCGUGUAUGGACUUGGCGAUUCAGAUGAAGACUUAGACAGGUGCUGCAGGACUCGUGACAUCUGCCUUGCUCAGGUCAAGAACCUGGAAAACUGUGCAUUCCUCAUAAGAAAUGCUCACACCAGCUCCUACUCAUACUCAUGUUCUGGGAAUGAGGUCACCUGCAGUGAUAAAAACAACCCUUGUGAAGCCUUCAUCUGCAACUGUGACCGCCAGGCUGCCAUCUGCUUCUCCAAGCAGAUCAAUGACAUUCACUGUUAGACUUUUCACCUCAGUGACUGCUACACCAUCCCUGCCUGCCUGGUUGUGUUCACUAUGCACUGUGCCCUCUAAUAAAUCACAUAUUGAAAGAGCUA